AGCAAGCAGAGCAGGCGCCUCCGGUGCGAGGCGGAGCGCGGAGGACGGCCGCAGCGCCGAGCUUCGUCACAGCAUGGUUAUUGUGCACACAGGGUGCUUGUUGUAUUACCUGGGUGGCUGGGUGAGCACCUUCGGAAGUUGGAUCUCUAGAUCACUACAAGGAGAUGAAAUAAGGUAGUGAAGUCAGGCAAGGUGCACUCUAUUGAAUAAAGCAACAGCAUAUGUACCAUUAAAGACUUCAGAAUGUCGACUCAUUUAAAUUUCUGGUACAAGAGGUGGUAGUAGCAUUAGCCUGUUUUACCUUUUUUUUAGAAGGCAUUAUAGUCUCUGAAUUCUCGCUUAAACCGAUUUAUGUGGUCAUUGAUUUACUAGAGUGAUGUUCAUGAAUGAAAUCAUAUUAAUCAAAUACAUCAUGACUGUAUCUGAUGAAGCCAGUGGCACUUAAAUCUUAUGUGAACGGGAAUGGGAACUUUGACAGUAGUUCCCAAAUGUGUGGAUCAUAAUUUGUCUCAUUUGGCAAGAUAUCAAACUAUAGCUGGCAAAGGAACCGCCCGCUCUGCAACCUUCAUGUGCUCAGCCUCCGCACAAGUCAUCAUCAAGCCAAGCAAGAAAGAGUGAGCAACCAACAUUUGUUGCCAUUGUAGCACACGGGUGGCUUGCCAAGUUCAGGUCCUUUUGCCAACUUCCUCACCACGUGAGCCCAUGCAAUUGUCCAGCACAAGGUCAAGGCCACCUUUGCCAUCACCACAUAUUGGCGUCAGAAAAAGCUGGAAAUGUGUGGUCUUUCGAGUUGUGAGCUGAUGAACACAAUGAGAACAUCACAUGCAAAGGAGCAACUAUGACUUCAAAAGGGAUACACGAUUGCAACGUUCCAGAAAGCACACGAGCAGUCUUUUGCAGCACCAGUGAAUUAACAAAGCAAUGAUAUUAUUACCUGAAAUGUUGCAGGCCAGAUUUUUUAUAAAAGAAGUACCCUAUGUACAGGGAGAGACAUCACUUUGUUUCACAGCCUUAGGUGCCACAUUUUUCUUGUACUGGCAUCUUCAUCUUCACUGAGGUUCAGGCCAUGGUAAUGGCUUGUACUCUGAAUUCCAUCAACAAGAAAAGCACUUUGCUGAUGCUUACCGCACCGGUGAAGACAAUAGGCAGGAUUCCAGCUUCGUGGGGGAGACAUGCAUGGAGUAUUGGGAGAGAAGAUCCAAGAAGAGCUGUCCAUGCUCUCAAGGCUGGGACAGCUCUCACGCUGGUCUCGCUCUUGUACAUACUCGAACCUUUCUUCAAAGGAAUUGGGAAGAAUGCAAUGUGGGCAGUCAUGACUGUAGUUGUUGUGCUUGAAUUCACUGCAGGAGCCACUAUAUGCAAAGGGCUGAAUAGAGGGUUGGGAACAGUGCUGGCAGGCUCUCUUGCACUUCUCAUUGAGCUUGUUGCUGCUGGAACCGGGAAGGUUUUCCGUGCUUUCAUCGUGGGAGCUUCAGUGUUUAUAAUAGGAUUUGCUGCCACAUAUGUUAGAUUCUUCUCAACAAUCAAGAAGAGCUACGAUUACGGUGUGCUGAUUUUUCUCUUAACCUUCAAUCUGAUAACGGUGUCAAGCUACCGCCAAAACGAUGUGCUCCCAUUAACGAGAGAUCGUUUAAGUACUAUUGCCAUCGGCUGCGCAAUAUGUCUAUUCAUGAGUCUCUUGGUUUUGCCAAACUGGUCUGGGCAAGACCUCCACAAUAGCACUGUUAACAAAUUCGAAGGAUUGGCAACAUCAAUUGAAGCUUGUGUGAAUGAGUAUUUCCGAGACCAGGAUAAAGACGACAACGAUAAGCAGGAAGCAAGAGCUUCAAUUCAAAUAGGCUAUAGAGCGGUCUUGGACUCAGAAUCCAGUGAUGAGACCCUAGUAGCACACUAUGCAAGCUGGGAGCCAAGACACUCAAUGCACUGUUACAGUUACCCAUGGCAAAAGUAUGUGAAGCUCGGAUCCGUGCUUAGGCACUUUGCAUACACAGUUGCUGCACUUCAUGGAUGUUUGGAAUCUGAGAUACAGACUCCUCCAUCCGUGAGAUUACUGUUCCGAGAUCCAUGCACAAGAGUUGCUCAAGAAGUCGUCAAGGUUCUGCAGGAGCUUGCGGUGAGCAUAAGGCGUCACCGGCGCUGUGCCCCUGACGUGCUCUCUGAUCAUCUUCACGAAGCGCUGCAGGAUCUGAACUCGGCAAUCAGAUCGCAGCCGCGGCUCUUCCUUGGCUCCAAACGCGCGUGUGCCACCAAUAAGCAUAUGCUCAUGGAACUCAACUCUGGAAAUCACACGGCAUCGAGAGCUACCCUUCAUUCAUUCAAUGACUGAUGCGACAGCACUGUCAGAAAGGAAGAACACUGGAACAGACCAACCAUCACGAGCCUCGAGUUCUCUCAGGCGCUCCCGUUUGCCGCUUUCGCGUCGUUGCUGGUGGAGAUGGUGGUGCGGCUGGAGAUGGUGAUAGAGGAAGUGAAGAACCUGGAGCGAGCUGCAAAUUUCAGAGAGUUCCCUGGACAUGAUCAUCUGAUCAUUGAUCUCAGUAGCAAGGAGAAAACGAGGAACAGUAAUGCCGCGGCAUUGAACCCAGUUUCUGCUGCAGCUGAGUGAGUAAUGGAUCCGAUCAGAAAUGUAUCAGCCAUGCAUGCAUUCUGAGAAGAGAGGCAUAUUCUUUUUUUUUCAGUAAUCAUGAAUCUUGAACUCCCAGUACUGGUUGUUUGAGAAGAAAGCUUUCCGUGUAAUCUAAUCCACCUACCCAUGAAUUAUUUAUCAACAUCUGAAUAAUUGGAGUUGGUGUCAAAUAUCUUCACAUGAA